AAUACAAACACAUCGGCUGUACAUACAAUCGCAUACCAUUCCUCUAUAGAUAGUGACUACAAUGAGACUACAAGCCCUCUCCAUACUCGUUGCCAUACAAUUACAUGGCAUAUGGUGUGCCACUAAACCCCGGGUCAUUUGCUACUGGGCUAACAACUUACCCGGGGGUUCACAGCCCGAGGAUAUCGACGUCACCCUAUGUACUCAUAUUCACUAUGCCUUCCAUGUUAUGGACGCCGAGAACACUACGAUAGUGGACGGGAGGGGUAGCCCACAGCCCGACACGUAUAAUAGGCUACUGGCUCUCAAGCAAAGGAAUCCGGACCUACAGGUGGUGGUGUCGGUGGGCGGGUGGGGUCACCCGGACAUCAAGUUUUCACGUGUGGUUAACAGUGCGGACCUGAGGCGAAAGUUUAUCGCUAAUGUUAUACCGUAUAUACAGAAGUAUAAGUUCGAUGGCCUGGACCUGGACUGGGAGUACCCGGUCUGUUGGACCGGCAACUGUACGGCCGGACCCAAGUCCGAUAGGCCUAACUUUGGCAUAUUUGUUAAGGAAAUAAGGGAAGCAUUUAAUAGGCUAACCCCGAGGCUAACCAUAUCGGCGGCAGUGGUGGCCGGGUAUGAAAUCGCCGACAUAGCCAUGGAUUAUAAAGCGAUCGGCGAGGCACUGGACUACGUAAACAUAAUGACCUACGACCUGGCACCGGUAACAGCCCUGAAAACAGCCCAUCAC